AAUGUCCACUGAGAUGAUGACCACUGAGCCAGUACAGCCUCUGGAGCUUUCCGAAGACAUACUGGGCAAGCUGGAUCCUCACUGCAGUCAUGCAGAUGAGCUUUCAGACCAGUUCAUUAACGACUGUGAGCUCAAAAAGAAGCCAAGGAAGGGGAAGAACGCACAGCCCACUCCGAAUGUUGAGUCAGACCAGAAGAAACCCAGAAGGAAAGACACACCGGCACUGCACAUCCCACCUUUCAUACCAGGUGUGAUUUCGGAACACUUGAUUAAAAGAUAUGACGUUCAAGAGAGAGUUCCAAAGGGCAAAACAGGCCCAGCUCUUCAUAACGCCGACACGGAACAGAAAAGGCCAAGGAGAAAAGACACACCUGCCCUGCAUGUGCCUCCCUUUGUCGCAGGUUUGACUCUGCUUGGAGAUGAGAGCCCCAGAGUGAUUAUGGAAGAAGAAGAAAUGGAUGGUGACAAGAUAGCUAUUUAAAGAUGGCUCCCCCGAGAUUGUGUGUAAAUAGGUUAGAUUGGUCCCCUAUGGUGACCUAGAGGGAAAAAAUAGAUUUGUCUCUGUUCUCAUUGUGUCCUAGUCUGACUCUAAGAGCUAGACUCCUCCUUCCCAGGAGACCUACUAGUCAGAUUGCCGGUCACCUCCUUGUCUUUCCUCUUAAGUUGCUUUUCAGCCCCACUUCUCAAUCUUUCGUUUUUCUGUGCAGUGAAAAGGAAAGUGAUUUUUGUCCAAAAAAAAAA